GUGUUGACAUUUGAUGUUUGAGUUUUGACCUGUUCAUCAGUCAACCAAUAUUACUCGUUUUUAAGUUUUGUAAAAAUAAACUUCUACUGCAUUUGAGUUUUGAAAUUGCUCGAAACAAUAAAAUAUCCUCAACUGCGGCCACGAACUUUAAAAAAAGACAAUGGCCAAUCCCAAACCCAACCAGCUCAUGACCUGUCCAUACGAGAUGGCGCAUCAAGUGGAACACUAUCGGAUGCAUAUCCACCUUCAGAAAUGCAGGAAACAGCAUCCUAAUUGCAAGAAAGUGUUAUGUCCCUUUGAUGCUACGCAUGUUAUCAAUGAUGUAGAGCUGGAUUUUCAUGUGACAGUCUGUCCCAAGAGAAUAAUGCUGGACUCGCAGAUUUACAUCACAGACGAUGACUACAAACCCGCAGUGGAGCUCUCAGCGCCCCCGAUCAUACAGAGUGAAGAGAAUUGGGACGAUGAAGUGACAACUACCUACAUACCAGACCCAUCGAAGAAGGGACCUCACAUCAUAACCAAGAUCCGUGGAGCCACCAGAUCAGAGAGGAGGAAAGCGAGGAUGGAAGGCAUCAAGACUUACCGACCAGCUGCCUCCGAGGAAUAGGCAAUAGACUAUAGCUUCAUACAUAACUUUUUUUUAAUUUUUAUUUUAGACCAUUAUCGCUGACGCGUG